AUCCCUUGGAGGAGAUAGCAGAAUCUUCUCCACAAACAGCUGCAAACUCGGCAGCGGAGCUUCUCAAACAGGGUGCAGCAUGUAAUGUCUGGUACCUGAAUUCAGUGGAGAUGGAGUCCCUGACGGGCUACCAAGCAGUACAGAAAGCCUUCAGCCUGACGCUGAUGCAAGAUCCUUCUCCCAUCUCAACCGUUGUCCAUUUCAAGGUGUCUGCGCAGGGAAUCACAUUGACAGAUAAUCAAAGAAAACUCUUUUUUCGGCGACAUUAUCCAGUCAACACUGUUAUUUUCUGUGCUUUGGAUCCCCAGGACAGAAAAUGGGUGAAAGAUGACUGUGGUUGUUGCCCUUGCAGAGUAUUUGGGUUCGUUGCCAGGAAGCAGGGCAGUGCCACAGACAACGUAUGCCACCUCUUUGCAGAGCACGAUCCAGAGCAACCUGCCAGCGCCAUUGUGAACUUUGUAUCAAAGGUCAUGAUCGGAUCCCAGAAGAAGAUCUGA